GGAAGAUAUGGACAGAUGCAGCAAGGUUAAACUCCUCCUGAAAAAAUGGGAGGCUUCAUUUUUUCAGGAUUACCGGAGGAGACCCAGCAAGGCUGAUGUUGUGGGGGCUCCUGAGGAGAUCAAAAAACUAUACAAAGAGUACAAGACACUGAAGGAAACCAAGGGGCAACAAGGCCUCCCUGACUCCGAGACAAUCUGUCAGCAAGGAACUCCGGAACCUCCUGUAGCUGAACAGGUACCUGGCUCAGAUUGCUGGGGAGCGCACCUGAAUCGAGGCCGGAUGGUUCCUAAACUGACCCCACGGGAUCGGUACACACCGGAGGCUUCUGCACAGUAUUUUGGAAUGAAGCUGAAAUGCAACUUGGGAGCAGCUAUUAAGGAUUGUCCUGUAGCUUUAAGGAAAUCUCUCACUCCCAGGAGGAAGUCAGCCACACUAGUGCAGAAGGACAUGCAUCAAACCACCAAGGCUGGGUCUUCUGAAACACCAGAGGCUCCUUUGAUAAAAAAUAGUCCAGAUCAACUGUCUGGCCCUGAUCCCAAGGAAUUUGGAGCCCUUCUCCCUUUUUCAUUUCCAGGGCUGGGUCCUGCUGAGCUUCCCUCAUCUCAGCCCAAGCCCAAGCCAGCGCCACUGGAUAAGUUUCAGCAGCUGAAGCAGACGGUGACCAAGCGACUGAGCAGCCUGGAUCCCGGUUGGCUGGACAGAUGCCAAGGGGGAAACCUACAGACUGGAGAGGGAGUCCUAGGCAGGACGGAGCCAUGCCAGGGAUCACCAAAACUCGAUGCCAUGGAAGAAUUGGGUCCUCUUCCACACACUGGAGAGAGGAAAUGGGAGGUGCGUAGUGGUUCUUCCAGGGGGUACUGCCAGGGAGAUAUGAUGGAGAAGCAGAUCCUGGGCCAAAGUGGUGGAAACACCUACAGGCCGCGUGUGCAGGAUAACCAGACUGCAGGUAAGACCCCAGGCAAAGAGGGGGCAAACGUAGCACUCACUGGAACCAAAGCUGAGUUUCCCACCCUCGAGCAUAUCCAUAAACUGGAGGCUUGUGGAAAGGAUGCUGCUCAGAAAAUGGAGGAGCAUCUUCUGGAAGGAGCGUCACCAAGGCCGAGAGGUGCCUUCUGUGAGGUGGAGAACAGGCAGCCUCGACCUCCCAAGGGAGGAAAAGCCUCUUGCGAGAAGACACUACAGGAAGCUGAAGCCCAUGAAGAUGACAGCGUGGAUCGUUCCAAAGGUGGCACCUCUCGGGUAAAGCGCAAGAGGACUAAAGAGCCAGCGGGGGAGAGAAAGCGUGUCAAAAAGCGGCGUGCUGCCGACCAAAAGCCAGGACUCGGUGAAUAUGACUUCGAUGGUCAGGACGCUGCAGAGGUGCAAAAUGAAAGGGGAACGGUUUCCCCCUUUCCCUCUGAGAACCUACUUGGGGAGAUUGACGGAGAGGAGUGUCCCAAGCGAUCCAGUGCCUCCACUUGUAGGGCACCACCAAAGACGGGGGGCAACUUUCUGCGCCUCAAUCUCAAGAAGAAAUCUUACGUGAAAGGGCGUGCCUUCAAGGGGAAACGGCUCCGUAAGCAGGUAUGGAAGCAGAAGUGGCAGAAAAAGGGGGAGCAGUUUGGUGGAGGUGGCCGGCCCGUGGACCGAGGCUCCGACACUUGCUUCAGAUGCGGGGAACUUGGUCACUGGGCUUCCCAGUGCAAGGGGAGAGGUACGUCUGAACAGCUCUCCGCUCCUGACCCCAAACUAGAGCAAAAUGGCUGUGCUGUCGAAGAGGAACUGCCCUUGCUCACUCUGGAGGAAGUGGCGCGGAUGACUAACACAGCAUACAGCAAGAUUUCCGUGAAGAAUGAGAGCAGCCCAGGAGACCUGACACAGCUUGCCCAGGAGGAAGAAGUUUACAUGCAUGUGCAGAGGCCUGCCUACGAACUCCUCCCUCCACCUGCACCAGUAGAACCUCUCUACAAACUGGGGCAGGACAGGAAGGUGAGAGAGACCCCUCCUGAAGUGUUCCAAGCGCUGGCUGAGCUGGGUUACACCUCCUUCCGGCCAGGACAGGACAGAGCUGUGAUGAGGAUCCUCUCAGGGCUCUCCACGCUGGUGGUCCUCUCAACAGGGAUGGGGAAAUCUCUCUGUUACCAGCUCCCUGCAUACCUGUACAGCAAGCGCUCCAAAUGCAUCACUUUGGUGAUCUCUCCGCUGGUGUCACUGAUGGAUGACCAAGUCUCCGGCCUUCCUCAGCGCCUGAAAGCAGUCUGCAUACACUCCAACAUGUCCAAGGCCCAGAGAGAAGCCGCGAUAGACAAGGUGAAGGCCGGGGCGGUCCAUGUGCUUCUGCUCUCCCCUGAGGCCUUGGUUGGGGGAGGCUUUACGGGCACCAGCUGCCUGCCCCCUGCUGACCAGCUCCCUCCAGUGGCUUUUGCCUGCAUCGACGAAGCGCACUGUGUCUCGGAGUGGUCCCACAACUUCCGCCCGUGUUACCUGCGCCUCUGUAAGGUUCUUCGGGACCGCUUGGGCGUGUGCUGCUUCUUGGGCCUGACUGCCACCGCCACCCUCUCCACGGCACAGGACGUGGCCCUUCACCUGGGCGUCCCGGAGGGCGAUGGGGUAGCUGUGCGUUCUGCUGCUGUCCCUCCAAACCUGCAUCUCUCGGUCUCGACGGACAGAGACAAGGACCAAGCCCUGGUGAGCUUGCUGAAAGGGGAGAGGUUCGGGAGCCUGGUCUCGGUCAUUGUUUAUUGCACCCGUCGGGAGGAGACGGCCCGGAUUGCAGCGCUCAUCCGCACGUGUCUCCAGGGUGUGAAGCUUAGAGAGCCCCGCAGUGCUGACGAGCAGGAGGAGGAAGAGAGACUCACUGCGAAGAGGAAGAAAGCGAAAGCUAAAAAGAGCCUGCGCCGCCCUCUGAAAUGGGUCGCCGACGCCUACCAUGCGGGCUUGUCCGCUGCUGAACGCCGUCGGGUGCAGAACAACUUCAUGUCCGGCCAGCUGCGAGUAGUGGUGGCGACGGUGGCCUUCGGCAUGGGGCUGGACAAGUCGGACGUGCGGGGCGUGGUGCACUACAACAUGCCCAAGAACUUCGAGAGCUACGUGCAGGAGAUCGGGCGGGCGGGGAGAGACGGCAAGCCGGCCCAGUGCCACCUCUUCCUGGACCCAGAGGGUGAAGAUUUGCAUGAGUUGAGGCGCCACAUCUACACGGACACGGUUGACUUCUACACGGUGAAGAGGCUCGUGCAGAAGGUUUUCCCCGGCUGCAAGUGCCGAGAGCUUCGCCAGAAGCAGCAGGAGCUCAGCAAGGGUGGUGAAGUGGAGGAUGCGGAGAUGCUGGCUGCCUUGGACGGGAGCCUGGAGGAACAACCUGGCCCAGACAAUGGGCAGCCAAGAGCAUGUUUCAAACACGAGAGAGCCAUCCCAAUCCAGCAGACCGUGGAAGCCCUGGACUUCCGAGAGGAAGGUAUCGAGACGCUUCUGUGUUACCUGGAAUUGCACCCGCAGCACUGGGUGGAGCUCCUGCACCCCACGUUCUCCUCCUGCCGGGUGCUGUGCUACGGCGGCCCUCAGCAGCUGCGGGCAGCGGCUCAAAGGUGCCCUCCACUUGCCGUCUGCCUGGCCCAGCAGCACCUGAAAGGAACUGUUCCCGCUCACACCGGCUCUGUGGACUUUGAUGUCAUUGAGCUGGCUGACUCCAUGGGCUGGGAGGUCCUGCCUGUGAAACGAGCUCUCCGCCAGCUGCAGUGGAACGCGCAGCUGCAGACGGGCUCCCGGGGGUCUAGGAAGAGCGGGAUCCUUGUGGAGUUUAGCGAGCUCUCCUUUCACCUGCGCUCCUACGGUGAUCUCACGGAUGAGGAGUGGGACUCCGUGUGCGACUUCCUGCACCAGCGAGUGGUGGGCCGUGAAAGGGCAGCCCUCCGCCAGCUCCAGGUGUGCUUCCAGGCCUUCCAGAGUGCGGCUUUCCCAACCUGUGCCUUGUGCUGCGAUCAUGUGGAUGAGCAGAAGAGUGCCCAGCUGAAGUCGCUGCUGAUGGACUAUUUUGAGAAGGAGACCGUUCUGGAUGAAGAGCCCGGUGCUGAGGACCUCCAGGACAUUAAACUUCGGGAUUGGGAAGAGCAAAUCCGAGCCGACAUCCGCAACUUCCUGUCCAUCCGUCAAGACGAGAAGUUCUCCGGAAGAGCUGUGGCCAGGAUAUUCCACGGCAUCGGGAGUCCACGCUACCCUGCCCAGGUUUAUGGCAGAGAUCGGCGUUUCUGGAGGAAGUACAUCCACUUUGACUUCAACAAGGUCAUGCGCUUGGCCACGGAGGAGAUUAUCCGCUGGAACUGAACUGAGCCUACCCAGCAGUCUCGAGAUGGACUCCUACAGCAACACGACAGGUUCCCUGACACCCCAGCACAGGUUGCUCUAACUGCAGGAUGGAAUGGACCACAUGCCAGCCAUCAGUCGCUGGAAGAGGCUUUUGCAGGCCAUAAAGACGCUGCGGCUCCCCCUGAGAUUUCUUGGAACUUUUCUCCAAGGCUCAUCGACUCCGUAUCGUCAGUUGAAUAAAGUUCCCUAUUGCCCUGGAAUAAGCCAGGGCUGAAGCCUAAUAGUUUGUUUUUAGCUCUAGGCUUUUCCAUUCAUUGUAUAUAAAGCUUUUUUUUUUUUUUUAAUGUUCGGUAUUUUUAAAAUCUGUCCUGAUUGACUUGAGGAAGGGUGCUAGGAACCUCCCU